AUCUCAAACUUGUUCAUUUUCUAACUCUCUUGUACUUUAAUGAAAUACAAAGAUAUGUCAAUUGCACAGGCUUUUCUUCUGGUUGUUUUUCUUGUUCAAGCUCCUGGCUUUAUUCAAUGUUUUCGAAAUGUCGAAGAUCCAGAGCUUGUAGUGGAAGAAGUGCACAGGAGCAUCAAUGCGAGUAGGAGGAAUCUUGGUUUUCUGUCAUGUGGGACUGGGAAUCCGAUAGACGAUUGCUGGAGAUGCGACAAGAAUUGGGAGAAGAACAGGCAGAGGCUGGCAGAUUGUGCUAUAGGGUUUGGAAAACAUGCUAUUGGAGGAAGAGAUGGUAAAAUUUAUGUGGUCACUGACAAUAAGGAUGAUGAUCCUGUGAACCCGAGGCCUGGGACAUUGCGGUAUGCUGUGAUUCAAGACGAGCCUCUCUGGAUCAUUUUUAAACGCGAUAUGGUGAUCACACUGAAAGAAGAACUCAUGAUGAAUUCCUUCAAGACUAUAGAUGGCCGAGGAGCAGACGUCCACAUUGCAGGAGGACCCUGCAUUACUAUUCAGUAUGUGACCAAUAUUAUCAUCCACGGUGUUAAUAUUCAUGAUUGCAAGCGAGGAGGGAAUGCUAAUGUCAGAGACUCUCCGGAUCACUUUGGCUGGAGGACUGUCUCAGAUGGAGAUGGAGUGUCAAUUUUUGGAGGGAGUCAUGUUUGGGUUGAUCACUGUUCUUUAUCUAACUGUAGAGAUGGCCUCAUUGAUGCCAUCCGAGGAUCGACAGCCAUUACAAUUUCAAACAAUUACUUGACACAUCAUAACAAGGUUAUGUUGUUAGGCCAUAGUGACACUUAUACACAAGACAGGAAUAUGCAGGUGACUAUUGCCUUCAACCAUUUCGGAGAAGGCCUAGUUCAGAGGAUGCCAAGGUGCAGACAUGGAUACUUCCAUGUGGUGAAUAAUGACUACACUCAUUGGGAAAUGUAUGCUAUCGGGGGGAGUGCUUCGCCUACUAUCAAUAGCCAGGGCAACAGAUUUCUGGCGCCUAAUAAUGAGUUCAACAAAGAGGUUACAAAGCAUGAAGAUGCGCCAAAGACAGAAUGGAGCAGAUGGAACUGGAGGUCUGAAGGAGACUUGUUGUUGAAUGGUGCAUUUUUCACUACUUCAGGAGGAGGCACGUCUUCAAAAUAUGCCAAGGCAUCAAGCCUAGGCGCGAGAUCAUCGUCUCUUGUGGGGACGAUAACAGGAGGGGCUGGUGUGCUUAGUUGCAGGAAAGGCUCCCAUUGCUAACUGAUGACCUUGAGUGGCAAAAGAAGCCAUGGAUUUCUUAAUAUUAUAUCAAAGCCAAUUGUAUUUACAAUUUUGCAUGCUUAUGCAGCACCUUAAAAUUACAGAUGGUCAUUCUGUUAGGCCAUCUUACUUUCCUUAAAUGAUUAACACCUUAGCUUUUUAUAUUGCAAAAAAUAAAAAGAACUGUAUUUGGUAGAUC